AGUGCUUUUUUGGUCUCUUGUUUGCCAUCUUCGACGUACUCUCUCGAUGUGACCACUUGUGUCUCAAUUCUGUCGAUUAUCUCUCCCUUUAAACAAAUAAACCCGGAUUUGCACUCAAUGCUUUUGCAGAAGUUUAUUGAUGUUAUGAAUGAAUACAAUCGCAUUCAACUCGAGUAUCGGGAGAAAUGCAAAGAUCGCAUCACUCGACAGCUUUUAAUCAGUGAG